AUGGAAGCAGCAACGCUUGGGACGUCUCUCCCAGUUCCCUGUGUUCAGGAGCUGGCAAAGGAGUCACUAACCACAGUCCCAACAAGAUAUUCGCGUGACCCUCCGAUCAUAAGCGACAUUGCUGCAGCUUCUUCACCCCAGAUUCCAGUUAUUGACAUGCAAAGAUUGAUUUCUGAACAAUUCAUGGAUCUAGAGCUGGAUAAGUUGGACCAUGCGUGCAAAGAAUGGGGUUUCUUCCAGUUGAUAAAUCAUGGAGUGAAUGAUUCAUUGGUUAACAAAGUGAAGGGGGAGAUUCCAGAGUUUUUCGACCUCCCAAUGGAAGAGAAAAGGAAGUAUUGGCAAACAGCAGGAGAAAUGGAGGGAUUUGGACAAGCUUUUGUUGUGUCUGAGGAGCAGAAGCUUGAUUGGGGAGACAUAUUCUACAUGGUCACUCUUCCAACUCAUGAGAGGAAACCUCAUUUAUUCCCCAAGCUUCCUCAACCACUCAGGGUUAUUUUACUUUGCUAG